AUGGUCUUCUCCCUACCCCACUUCUCCUCGGGGGUCUUUUCCUUCAUCGACACCUCUCCGCCUGUCGUAUACCCCUCCAAGCCUAAACCGCUGCAUCGCGCGAGAUCAAAGACCACGACAGCCGUCUCCACGCCUCCCUCACACGAACCCUCACUGGCACCUCCUCCCUUUCCCAGGCUCCGGCAUCAAACUUCCAGACACUCUCUUACUACCCACCAGCCUCAGGAAGGCCAAGGAAAGGCGACAAAAACACUCGCUGCGAGCAUGUCGGCGCUGGACCUAGGGGCGAUGUGGCAGCCCCUGCCCGGGGGAGGGCUCGAAGAGAGGAGGCGUUCAAUCAGCCAAAUGGACGGAGGCAAGCCUAUGCGUCCAGGGCACAGGCGCUGUCAGAGUGCUCUCCCUGCUCCCCAGUCCCCGCCCCUCCCAACUCUGUCGACCAUCUCCCUAUCGCCGUCUACCGACUAUGGGCCGCGGCCUUCGCUCCAAGAGUACUCGCGAAACUCGCUCUCUUCAAGCGCGACGAGCCUCCCAACACUGGCCGAGAUGGGUCAGGAUAUGGAUGCGGAGGAUGUGGGGGUGAGCGCGAGCGGGCCAGUGACGAGCAGUGGCCGGGUAUUCAUUCCUCCCUCGCCCAUCGUCCGACCAAGCGCCAGGCUGAGCCGUGGCUCUAGUGUCAUCUCCCUCUCCAGUUCACCGUCCUCGAGUCUUCUACAUACUCCUGGCGAGGACAGUCGCCACAGAUCCCUCGUCCCUCCGCCCCAGCCAGCCCCCCCAGAGGCGCGCAAAUACGCUUCCAUGCCACCUCCUCCACUCCAUCCUUCCCCCGCCUCUAUCACCUACUCUCCUUCAAAGACAUUCCACCGUCCCAGGCCCUCACGGACACAGUCGUUCCGUGAUGUCGACUCUGUCAGCGGUCUCAAACGCCCGUCACAUUGUCGCAGGGCGUCAGUGGAUAGUCUAGCCUCGGCGGAGGUGUCGGAUGUGGCAGUCAUGGCUACUUGGAGCUUUCCUGCCAGCCCGAGUCCAGAGAAGAAGACGCCCACAAAGCUAGAUGUGGAAGAAGACCCGGAUAGGGGGCGGAGACUAGGGUCGUCCAACAGACUUCAGGAAAGGCUCAAGAGCCUGUCAGAGCUGGAUACCAGCUGGCGACUCCCCAGCAACUCUGCGUCUAGUCUGAGUGGCAGGACGAGCACGAGUAGCAUGGACAGCACCGAUACCGUCAUCCGCCCAUCACGGCCGCUCCCAUCGCAUCUCUCAUCGCGCCAUCGCCAUACUCAUUCAUCUCCCAACGUACUCUUUCAGACGGCGGCCCCUGGGACUGGUUCCCCAGGCGCUAUGGGUCCACCACUACAACCUCUCCUCCCACCCCCCAGACCUCAGAGACGUACUACGACCACCAGACUACGGAACCCAAAUCCGCUCUCAAUGCACAGCCAGUCGACAGCGAGUCUGCACCGGGCCAGCAGCGUGGGCGCUGGGAAGGGAGAGCUGAGCUCGUCGCCGGGGAGUAUGGUGUCGGAUACGACUACAUGUCCUAGUCCGACCAGCUCUAUACGGUCACUGCCUGCGGGAAGCAUGAUGAGCAUACCGGCUAUACAUUUGAAUGGGGAGACCGCUGUGGCAGAGGCAGCGAGUAGGUGGUGGGGAGCACUAGGGAGCUUUAGGAGAUCAUUGUCAAAGAGCGACUUGCUCUCCAGAGACGAGGUGAUCGUGUCCAAAAGUGGGAGCGUUGGCGAGACUGAGAAUGGGACUGAAGAGUUUGGGUUGGAUUUGGAUGAUAAUGAGGAGGAAUACAUCGACAUGGACCAUAUGUAG